AUGCAAGCUCAUCGACCGGAAGCUUCGGAUGUUAACGACGUUGAAAACCAUGGAGGCGAAGAAGGAAGCCAUAGGAAUGUCGGUGUUGAGAAUGAAGGCGGUGGUGACGAUGAACAACAAGAAGGCGAAAGAGAAGAUGGCGAAGAUGAUGACGAUGAUCUGUUUGAUGUGCAUGGACACGAGGAGAUUGACCCAGAUGAAUUUGGAAGUGAUGAGGCGUAUGCUGGGGCGCUUCAGGAUGCAGAGGGGAAGAAAUUGGCUGUUCGAUUGAUGGCUUUUACGGGUAUCCAUGAGAAACCUGAAAAUGCAUUAGUGGAAAUGUCAAAAUUUGCAUGA